AUUUAUUUCAUGACCAUCUCACACAUCUCUACAAUUCGUUUAAUUCAGCAACCGUAUGGCUCCCAUACGAAUAUCAGAAUGGCGCAAGUUGCCUUUAAGCUUGACUGAUUUGUGCAUUGAGACGACACUCCGUUGUGGACAAUCAUUUCGUUGGCGGAAAAUAGACGAUGAAUGGAAUUGUGUUCUGUAUGGCCGAUUGCUCUCAUUGAAGCAGGAUAAAACUCAUCUUCACUACAAGGUGAUUUCUUCAAUUACUCCAUCAUCAUUUAAAUCUCCGUCACCUAUAAAAGGCGAGCCAGAGAGUGAAAGUGAUGACGAUACCGAAGCCCUCCUCAGGCAUUACUUUAGUUUAAAGCAUGACUUAACAGCGCUGUAUGACCAAUGGUCUAAUUCUGAUCCUAAUUUUCGGAAGAAGGCCCCCAAGUUUACAGGAAUCAGAAUUCUCAGCCAAAGCCCAUGGGAGGCACUAAUAGCGUUCAUAUGCAGCAGCAACAAUAAUAUUUCACGUAUCUCUCAAAUGGUCCAUAAGCUCUGCAUCCAUUAUGGUCCAUUAAUUGGGCACAUUGGCGAUGAAGCAUUUCAUGAUUUCCCUACUCCUCAAGCUUUGAGUGGGCGAAAGGUAGAGGCUCAUCUCAGAGAGCUCGGUUUCGGAUACAGGGCCAAAUACAUCGCCGAGACGGCCCGUUUAGUUACCGAGGAAAGACCCGAAGCGUGGCUUGAGAGCCUAAUCAACCCCGACAACCCUGGUUGGCAAAUGAUGAAGGCGGAUGAAGCCGCUGAGUCCCCUAGCUACAGGUUCGCUCAUGAGCAGCUGCUUCUUCUCUCGGGAGUCGGACCAAAGGUUGCGGACUGCGUCUGCCUCAUGGGACUAGGAUGGGACGAGGCUAUCCCCGUAGACACCCACGUGUGGCAGAUUGCUCAGAGAGAUUACAAGUUCGGUAAGGUCAAAACGAAGACCUUCUCCAAGGCUAUGUAUGACGCUGUCGGUGACCAUUUCCGAGAGAUAUGGGGAAAGCAAGCAGGGUGGGCGCAGUCGGUGCUUUUCACCGCAAACCUAAAGUCCUUCUCGGAACAAGCAUCGGGCAAAGCUGAGGUGGUCGAUAUCAAAGUUGAAGUGAAGGAGGUUAAAGAAGACAUCGCUACCAUUAAGUCUACAAGUCGUUCCCGAAAAAGACGCCAGGUUGAAGUAACGGAAGUGGUCAAGACUGAAGAGCAUACCUCCGCAAGGUCAAUACGGGCUAGCAAAAGGCGCCGAGCCGAGAGUUAAUAAGUUCCAGUCUCUAAUCUAACGUUGCUCGACAAUAUCGUCGGUUCUCCCAUUUGCUAUACUAAAUUGUACAACUCAAUGAUACCCCAUACUUUCCACGACACUGGAGUUCAUCAUUAUCUCUGCAUAUAUAUAAUCAUACAACCCUCUUGAUAGUUUGGGUUUGGAUAUCAUUCGCCAGAGAGUAGAACAGAAUACCCAUAUAUAUCAGCAUAUUCGAAUCAUCGUUCCAUAGCUCAAAUCGAAUACUCUUGUGAGCAAUACCGAGGUUCUUCGGAUAGAUCGUGUACCCUAGAUCACUGAAGAUAUAACAUUAUGCGCAUCUUCGCGUUGUGCUUCGUCACAUCUUAUAGAAAAUCACCCAAAUCCAUCACCAUAUUUUGCUUCGCUUAUAUAUUUCUACGUGUAUUUUACCAAUA